GUGAGCUAAAUCUAGCGCAUGCGCUUUUGUGGUUUUGACCGCGUGGCGUGUUCAACGACUGUUCCGGUUUUAUCAUCAAAGAACCGUCAUGGUGUUUAAACGUUUUGUAGAGGUGGGGCGAGUGGCGUUGGUCGCUGACGGGGUGGACAAGGGAAAGCUGUGCGUCAUUAUCGACGUCAUUAACCAGAGAACGGCUCUAGUGGACGGACCGUGCACGGGAGUCCGUCGGCAGGCAAUGAACUUCAACAAGCUGUGGUUGACGGACUUCAAGAUCAGGAUCUCGCCCUCGGCCAGAGAGAAGCAGGUUCGGAAGAGGUUUGUGGAGGGAGACAUUGGAGCCAAGUGGGAGAAAACCUCGUGGGCCAAGAAGAUCGCCAUGAAGAACAAGAGAAAGACACUCACUGACUUUCACCGGUUCAAGCUCAAAGUCUUGAAGCAGCAGAAAUCUCGGAUUCUACGAGGGAAGUUCAACGAGAUGAAACACGAACUGAAAAAUAGCAGUUGAAAGUCGUAGCAUGUUAAUGUGAAUAAUGUACAUAAUAAUAAUAUUGGCAGAUUUGGAAUUUCAAGCGCAGAAAUAAUAUAUAUGACGGUCAUGAAUCCUACAAUAUAACAAAAAUCAGACAGUGAGUGCAUAUUGUCAGUGUUGAUAAAUGGGGAAAAAGAUAUAUAGCUGUACGUAACAGAAAACGGUAAUAAGAUGAAGUGUGUGCUCAAAUAUCAUGACAUGGGUGUGAUUUCACUUUAUGGGGUCCAGUUGCCUGUUGAAACCACCCCUGCGGUUCAUGUAUUGUCUGUAGCGCUUUGGUUUACCAAUCUUCAC